AUGCUGUGUUUGUCAGACAUCGAGAAAUUCGCACAGAAUAACUUGGAUGUCAAUGCCUGGAGGUAUUUCUCAAGCGGGGCAACCGGUCAAACGGAGACUCUAAGGAUAAUGAGGCGGCAUUCUGAGAUCGAUGCUCUGAGUGAGGUGGUGAAGGCAGUCGAGGGACGUGUGGAUGUGUACAUGGAUGGAGGAGUGAGACGGGGAACUGAUGUGCUGAAGGCUCUAGCAAUGGGGGCCAGGCGGUCUCAUAGGGAGACCAGUCUGUGGGGUCUGGCCUACAAUGGACAGGAGGAGUGGAGAGGUUCGCAGAUACUCAGAGAUGAAUGA